AACACCCCACUGUACGUGCGCGCACCAGUCCCAACGUAAGCGUACACUACUACCCUAAGCUCUGUUUUGCGCUGUCAGUGGUGCUGUGUGGAAGCUUGUGACUGGACUGCUGCUGAGUAACAACAAACACGAAGAUGGCGGCCCGGACUAUGCAAGCCGCGCGAUGCCCGACAGACGAGCUGUCGUUGACAAACUGCGCCGUGGUGAGCGAGAAAGACCUGCAGUCCGGACAGCAUGUCGUUGUCAAGACCACGCCUGCCCACAAGUUUGUCUUCACUGUAAAAACCCACCACAGUGUGGUGCCAGGCACCAUUGCCUUCAGCUUACCGCAGCAACUCAGAGGAAAUGGGCUGGCCUUUCCAUUGGACAGGAAGUAGAAGUUGCCAGCUACAACUUUGACAAGUCCAAGCAGUGCGUGGGCACCAUGACUGUUGAGAUCGACUUCCUGCAAAAGAAGAAUGUGGACAGCAGCCCCUAUGACUCAGAAAAGAUGGCCAAAGAGUUCAUCCAGCACUUCAACAGCCAGAGCUUCACUGUGGGGCAGCAGCUGGUAUUCAGCUUUUGCGACAAGCUGUUUGGCCUGCUAAUAAAGGACAUUGAGGCAAUGGACCCCAGCAUCCUCAAGGGGGAGCCAGCGUCCGGCAAGAAGCACAAGAUUGACAUUGGUCUGUUGCUGGGCAACAGUCAGGUGAUUUUCGAGAAGGCUGAGAGCUCUUCUCUCACCCUGGUUGGAAAGGCUAAGACCAGGGAAGCCCGCCAGUCUAUCAUCAAUCCUGAUUGGAACUUUGAGCGAAUGGGCAUCGGCGGCCUGGACAAGGAGUUCUCCGAUAUCUUCCGCAGGGCCUUCGCCUCCCGAGUCUUCCCUCCUGACAUAGUGGAGCAAAUGGGCUGCAAGCAUGUGAAGGGCAUCCUGCUCUACGGUCCCCCAGGCUGUGGGAAGACCCUCAUGGCGCGACAGAUCGGUAAGAUGCUGAACGCCCGCGAGCCCAAAAUCGUCAACGGGCCUGAGAUCCUCAACAAGUACGUGGGCGAGUCCGAGGCCAACAUCCGCAAGCUGUUUGCCGACGCUGAGGACGAGCAGAAGAGGCUGGGUGCCAACAGUGGCCUGCACAUAAUCAUCUUUGAUGAGAUUGAUGCCAUCUGCAAACAGCGAGGCAGUAUGGCGGGCAGCACGGGUGUCCACGACACUGUGGUCAACCAGCUCUUGUCCAAAAUUGACGGCGUGGAACAACUCAACAACAUCCUGGUCAUAGGAAUGACCAACAGGCCUGAUCUGAUUGACGAAGCCUUAUUGAGACCUGGAAGGCUGGAGGUGAAGAUGGAGAUAGGACUGCCAGACGAGAAAGGCCGGGUUCAGAUCCUGAACAUCCACACAGCCAAGAUGAGAGAAUUCAAUCUGCUGGCCUCCGAUGUGGACGUGAAGGAGCUGGCCACAGAGACCAAGAACUACAGCGGUGCCGAGCUGGAGGGGCUUGUCAGGGCCGCCCAGUCUACAGCCAUGAACCGCCACAUCAAGGCCAGCACUAAGGUGGAGGUGGACAUGGAGAAGGCAGAGAAGCUGCUGGUCAGUCGAGAUGACUUCCUGACCUCCCUGGAAAAUGACAUCAAGCCUGCCUUUGGCACAAACCAGGAGGACUAUGCCAGCUACACCAUGAAUGGCAUCAUUAAGUGGGGUGACCCUGUAACCAGAGUCAUGGACGAUGGGGAGCUGCUGGUACAGCAGACCAAAAACAGCGACCGUACGCCCCUGGUAGCUGUGCUACUAGAGGGACCCCCUCAUAGUGGGAAGACGGCCCUGGCGGCCAAAAUUGCAGAGGAGUCCCAGUUCCCCUUCAUCAAGAUCUGCUCUCCAGACAACAUGAUUGGCCACUCGGAGAUCGCCAAAUGCCAGGCCAUUAAGAAGAUUUUUGACGAUGCUUACAAGUCACAGCUGAGCUGUGUGGUGGUGGAUGACAUUGAGCGCCUGCUGGAUUACGUCCCAAUCGGACCUCGCUUCUCCAAUCUGGUCCUGCAAGCAUUGCUUGUCCUGCUGAAGAAAACUCCUCCUCGGGGCCGCAAGUUGCUGAUCAUCGGAACGACAAGCCGUAAGGACGUUCUGCAAGAGAUGGAGAUGCUGGACGCCUUCAGCACCACCAUCCACAUCCCCAACAUCGCCACUGGGGAGCAACUGGUGGAGGCCCUGGAGCUUCUGGGCAGCUUUAAGGACAGUGAGCGAGCCAUGAUCACCAAGGAGGUGAAGGGCAAAAGGGUGUGGAUUGGCAUCAAGAAGCUUCUGAUGCUCAUCGAAAUGUCUCUGCAGAUGCACCCAGAGUACAGAGUCAAGAAGUUCCUGGCGCUGCUCAGAGAAGAGGGAGCGUUGGACGGCGGCAAUAACAUCCUAAUGUAACCCCCUUUCCCCGGUGCAUUGCCCAGCAGACUUCAGUCAUGUGAUCGCAGCUUCUAUGACUAGAGCCAAUGAAUCCGCAUUCGCCCAGCUGGGGGAGACAGAGGCAACAGGAAGCGUCAUCAUAUCCACUCACUCAGCUAGAGGGCGCAAGAGAGAGAGACCAUCAGUCUCCUCUACUUCCCCCAGUCUCCAUGGUCUGCACGUUUUUACUGACCCCACUCCUCUCUGAUUCCAUCUGUAUAUUGAAUAAUGCAUAAAUUAAAAUCUGAAUAUUUGAAUAAUGCAUAAAUUAAGAUCUGAAUACAGUUCAGAUAUGUCUUUGUCUUAAAAGCAGUUUCGAAGGCACGUUGUGUGCCUUGUGCUCUGCUAGCAUUACAUUCUUGCUCCCUGUAUGCAUUUUACAUAUAUACAUAUAUACAGUAUAUAAAUACAAACCAAUAGAGCUGUGCGUGUUUUGUGCUCUCUGCAGCAUGCGUGCGCAGAGCUGUCAUGCGUUUGAUUUAUGAAUGUUUUUGUAUAUUGUAUAGAUAUAUAAAUAUGUAAAAUGCCUCAACUGUAAUCAUUCCAGGAGGUGGAGAUACCUAAACGUCAUUCUUAUUCUCUCUGUACUUUUCCUUGCUCUAAUGAUUUUUAUGGAACUUAAAUUAAUCGAAUUGUGUAGAUUGUGCAUCCCUGCAGCAAGCCAGGUUGUUUUCAGACAUUGGUAUUGGUUGUUUUGUCACCUUCCAAACGAAUAAAUGACUUGAGUAUCAGCGUUUUAGGUGUAUUUGUAUAGAUGUGUGAUUCUGUACCUCGUUGCAUGAAAAAGAGGAAAGUGUCUUUGGUCCGAAGAGCAGGGACUGACGAUAUGGAGAAGGGUGCAUGCUUACUCUCUGUGGUCAUUGCUUGGUGUUCAGAUUGUCUCUCAGUAUUAAUGUGGUGUGUGCUUUGGGUGCCUUUUGGUUUGUAUAACAUACUCUCUCCCACUAUAUAAACUGCAUAGGCAUGGAGAGGCAUAGUACAAUGUUCAUAUUCCCUCGAGCUAGAGUCGGUCAAAACCAUGGCCCACCUCAGAUGGCCCGCUUUGGAAAUGUGGGGGGGGCUUUGUCAAUGUUAGUUGAAAACAGAGGGGCUACUUUAUUAGCCGUUACCACCCCAUGUAGGAUAAAAUACAACAGUGCAUAGACUCUGUUGAAUGGACUCUAGUGGAAUGUGGAAUGGUGCCCCCCCCCCCCCCAGUAAAGUGGUGUAGUCUGUUCGCCAGGUCUAAUCCACAACACUCCCUCAAAUCCCUGGCCCUGUGACAUCUGUCUUUGCCACACGAAUGCAUAUAAAAUCACUGAUUGUGAUCAAUAUCUAUGUGGUUUAGUAAUAAUGACACUAAGUCAGAAUUGUAUCGUGCCCUCUAUGUUUUAGGUGUAUGUACCUAAUGUUGAUGGUGGGUCAUGCACUGAUAUUGUACAAUACUGUUUCUGCUUUCCUGUCUUGUCAAAACCUGCAGGAAAAAAACAAAACAAAGCCAGUCUGACAACAUGAUGUAUACAUCUCUGCUGUAAACAUGUGCUUGUUGUCAAAAGUUCUUUUUCGUUAUCACUAUUAAGAUGUAUGGCAAGAUGCAGAUGUGUUAUUGUAAUAAAAGCACAAAUACACCGAAGAAAGA